GCCAGCCUCCUCUCAGUGGAAUAACAAGCAGCAGCCUACAAUGUCCGACCAAACAUCCAUCGACGACAACGACGCCCUGACCAUCAAGGACGUCCAGAUCGACGACACCCCCCACAGCCGCCUCUCUCAAGACUCACGACUCUGCCCAACCCUCGGACCCACUGAAUCUGCCGACCGCGACUCGAUUCCUAAUCCUGUCAACGAUCGCAUAUCCACAGCUUAUCCAAUCCAACCUCAACAACAUGGAAUACGUACCCACACUGUGCCGACGACGCCAAUGACGACCGCGAUCGAUAUCAGUCCCCACAGUAUCAUGAAGGAAUCUCGAUUGGAUGACAAGAUGCCUACGAUCGAAACCGACGCACAGACACUACGGUUCUCAAACAUCACUGACGGCGACUUUGACAACGGCGGCAACGGCAACAAAGAGGUUGAACCCAGCCAAGCGUCCAUCCUCACGACGCCCGACCCACGCAGGACCCCAUUCUCAGGAUUCCCUAUCCCACCACCGCCGCCAGGGACUGUCGAAAGUGAGACCAGCAUUGAUGCCAGUCCCGGUCCCGGUCCCGGUAGCUCUUGUUCUUCUCAGGUCUCACUCCGAGCAUACGUACCCUUUGACCCCCAGCCCUGGACGGACGCGAUUGUGGAGCAUCAAACCCAGACCAUCAGGAACUUUCAUGCCAUCGCCCAAACACUGGACACCCUCAACGCAGAACUCCAGUUCAUCUUGUCCGAAUAUCUCACCCGCCAAUACGAGCAAAUCGACGACCUCCUCAAAUCCACCCACGAACGGAUCGCUCAACAGGAGCGGGACCAAGAUCGACUGCAGACCCAGAUGAUCUCGUUCGUCAACGCCAUGAAGGACGCGUUCCAAAUCUUCAGCUAG